GAAACCGAACCGGAGACAGACACGACGAGCUGCCCGAUUCCUUCCCCACAUCCAUCGUCAAAAGGAGAAGAGAGAGAGAGAGAGGAGCAAACCCUAGCUCCAGCUUGCCUCCUACUCCGCCAUCAUCCAGAUCCGGCCGGUGCGUGCGAUGGCGCUGCGCGUUCUGGCCCGUAAGCUGAGGUUCCCUGCCACGUCCGUUCUCCAGCGGGCGUCGACCCCCGUGGUGUCGCCGCCGGCGAGCUCCCGACUUCUCACCUCCCACUCCUCUCAGAGUGGAGGAGCCAAGAGAGCAGUGAAUGAGACCAGGAAUGCUCGACCAAGGUGGAGGAAUUACAAAAAACUGGAGAAGCGUUUUUUGCGCGAUAUGGAGAAGGACAUGAAGAAUUUCAAGGAGCUUUCAUUAGCUAUGGACAACUUGCCAAGGAAUGUUGUACUCACUUCCUCUGUUGGUCUUGCGGUUUUGACAACCGGCUGGGCGUAUGCCAUUGGUGUUUUCGAUUGGAACAGAAUGGGGGACAAUGAACCUUCGGCUUAACAAGGUGUUGCGUAGAUGCACCUCAUGAAUAAUCUAUGAGACUUUUAUGUUUAUGUAAGAGGAAUGGAAUGGUGCGGACAAGGAGAAGACUGUAUGCUUGUUAAGUAAUUUAUUAGUUGGAUGUUUGACUGUUUGGUUUGUGGUAUGAAGCGAUCCAUCACAAUCUCACUACUUAGUUUUUUUGUGUUUGGUUUGUGGAAUAGAAUAAGUUGAUCUGUUGCCA